CACGUUGGAAAAUAGAACGAUUGCAACUCUUGUCAUUUUGCCUUGCCGUCGCCGUCACACAGCAUAGCACCGCCGUGGCCCAUUCUACCAUUAUCGCCCUUUGAAGCUCGACUUAAUCGACGUUGAGCAAAGGCUGCUGCUGGACACUUGCGGACACCGUUCCGCCACAUUCUUCAUCGACCACAUUUUUACCGCAACGGCUAUAGCCCAAGACCCACCACUGAUGACGGCGCCCAACCCGUCUGAAUCCGGGGGUCGGCACUGCUGCUUUGGGCGCAUCGUGAGAAGAAGUUAACGGGGAAGUCACCUAUGCAGCAGACCGAAGGACAAGCAGCGUCCAAAUAAUGCCUGGAGCGAUCCUGCCGCAGUACCAGCGCCUCGGCUCUGGCGUUCCGGUGUCGGUGAUCCGGAGGUCACUGCGGCCUCGCGAAAAAUGUCUUAUCCUGCUCGUCUUCGUCACCCUGGGUGUCGUGUGCUUUGGAGCCUUCUUCUACCUGCCAGACUACGGAAAGCUCAAACCGAGUGGCGCCGACAGGUCGGUCUACUACAAAGUGUACCAGCACGUGCAGAAGGCCGGCGAAGACCUGCUGCUGCCGCCAUCCAACUUUGGAAAGCACGGCGAAGAUGAAGACCCGCACUUGGUGCAGGAUAGGUACAAAUUGAAGAAUAUGAUUGACAACGAUGCCAAGGACAAGGUCUUGGAUAAGCCAGAGAUUAGCAAAAAUACUGAAGACAACUUCGGAGCUGAGCGAUCGAAUAACCAGCUUGAAUCUUUGCAGACAUCGGUUCAAGCCAAAGGGGACUUUGGGGAAAACCUAAUUCCCAAGUUAAGAAACCCGUUGCUCACUGGUGGAGAGGAUAGUGAUAAGACAUCUCGUGAAAGAAGAAACACAGUUCAGAGAAUGAUGAAACAUGCCUGGGAAAAUUAUGUGUUGUACGCUUGGGGCAAAAACGAGCUCCGGCCAAUCACGAAGAGAGGUCACAGUGCCUCUAUUUUUGGCUCUGCCAGUUUAGGAGCCUCGAUAAUCGACGGAAUGGACACUCUCUACAUCAUGGGCAUGGAUGACGAGUACCAGAAAGGAAGAGAGUGGAUUGCUCAGAAUUUGAACCUAGAAAAUGUGAGUGCCGACUUGUCAGUGUUUGAGACAAACAUUCGGUUUGUUGGCGGGUUGUUGACCCUGUACGCCUUUACUGGUGAUUCGUUGUAUAAAGACAAGGCUGUCCACAUCGCAGACAAGCUGCUUCCUGCAUUCAAUACUCAAACAGGGAUUCCCUUGGCUAUAGUCAAUUCCAGGAGCGGGGUCAGCAAAAAUUACGGUUGGGCUAGUGGAGGCAGCAGCAUCCUGUCUGAAUUUGGGACGCUGCAUUUGGAGUUUUCGUACUUAUCAGACAUCACUGGUGAUCGCAAGUACAGAGAGAAAGUGGACAAAAUUAGAGAUGUGAUCAAGCAAAUGGAGAAACCAAAGGGACUCUACCCUAAUUACAUCCACCCAAAGACUGGAAAAUGGGGUCAAUUUCACAUGUCCCUUGGUGCUCUGGGUGAUAGUUUCUACGAAUAUCUAUUGAAAGCGUGGCUCCAGUCAAACAAACAAGACGUGGAAGCUAGGAUUUUGUACGACGACGCCAUGCAAGCCAUUAUCGAGCACAUGGUGCGGACGUCGCGUGGAGGACUGAUUUAUGUCUCCGACAUGAAGUUUGACAGACUCGAACACAAAAUGGACCACCUGGCUUGUUUUGCAGGUGGUCUGUUUGGCUUGGGUGCCAAAACACAACCCAACGAGCAAUUCAGCCGACACAUGGAGAUUGCCGAGGGCAUUACAAACACCUGCCAUGAAAGCUACAUAAGAUCCAACACCAAACUGGGGCCAGAGAGCUUCAGGUUUACAGAAUCGAUUGAAGCCAAGGCCUUGAAAAGCACAGAGAAAUACUACAUUCUUCGACCGGAAACUGUUGAAUCAUACUUAAUCAUGUGGCGACUCACCAAAGAGCAGAAGUACCGUGAAUGGGGCUGGGAGGUGGUGCAAGCCCUGGAGAAACACUGCAAAGUUGAGGGAGGCUACAGUGGAAUCAAAAACGUAUAUGCGGACGACCCACAGAAGGACGACGUCCAACAAAGUUUCUUUUUAGCAGAGACGUUGAAGUAUUUAUACCUGUUGUUCAGUGACGAUAACUUGAUAUCGUUAGACGAGUGGGUGUUCAACACUGAAGCACAUCCCUUACCUAUCAAAGACGUGAACCCGUUUUACCGCGCUGCUUAAAUGCCAACUUCUUCUCAUCACUUACAUAAGAAUACAUUCCUAACAAAAACUUUUGAAAACGUACUUCUCUGUUAGCAGUGUGGCUCAGCCGCUUUUGCACUUGUCAGCAGUAGAAGUUUUAUGAAAUCACUGAAAAUUUUUAAAAAGCAUUCACUGCAAACACUACUGCUUUUUCUGUACUUUUUUCAUUUAGCUUAGUGUUUGGCAAUCGACUUUUCUCUUCAUUGAGCAGUUAUUGUGUUUUGAUAGAUUAUUACAUAAAACUCUUGAUAUAGCAGUCAAGGAUUGGACUGCAUUUUCAGUCAGAUGCGGAGUCCUGUUUGCAUGAAAUCACGAUAUUGAUUUUCUGUAUAAGUUAUUUUUACAUUCAUAUUUUGUAUGGAUAGUCUACGUAAUGAAGUAAUUUAAUUUAUGUCGAUAGCGCCAACAAAAAAAAGUGAUUUUUAUGAGUGGGCUGACUAUACGUUUGUGUGUGUGAAUCCGGGCGAAUUUCUUAAAUGAUUGCGAGCGUUUGAAAUAAAAUUAUUAUACAUAAAGUA